CAACCCUUGAGGUUUCGAGGCCUAACCGCCGAGCGACUGACCUAGUCACCAUCAGGUUAAUUUGUUUUAGGAACAUUGCAGCAACUAACAUACUUUGUCUUAUAGCGUAAACGCAACAUGGCGCGGCCUAUAGUCUUCUUACUGCUGGUGCUGGCGGUCGCAUGCCAUGCGACAGGUUCAGCCGCUACUACCAAGUCCAAGAGCCCGGAGCCCGCUAAGAGCCCCAUGCCCGCCAAGAGUCCCGAGCCACCUAAGCCCGUCGAAAGCCCCAUGCCGCCCAAGACAGACAAGAUACACCACAGCCCCAGCCCCGGAACUGCCGGCCGCCAUCUAUUGACCACCAAGUCCAAGCCCGAGCCGGCCAAGAGUCCCGAGCCGGCCAAGAGCCCCAUGCCCGCAAGGAGCCCCGAGCCCCCGAAGAGCCCCAAGCCCGCAGAGAGCCCCAUGCCCCCCAAGAGCGACAAGAAGCACGCUAGCCCUAGCCCCGAGACUGCCGGCCGCCACCUCUUGGGCGCCAUGGCUAAGGCCAACAGGAGCCCCGAGCCCCCGAAGAGCCCCAAGCUGGCCAAGACCGGCAAGAAGAACGCCAGCCAGGAGCCCAGCCCCAGCCCCAGCCCCGCACGCCGUCAUCUGUUGACCACCAAGUCAAAGAGCCCUGAGCCCGCCAAGAGCCCGGAGCCUGCCAAGAGUCCCAAGCCCGCUGAGAGCCACAUGCCUCCCAAGAGCGACAAGCCCGCCAAGAGCCCGGAGCCUGCCAAGCGCGGCUGAGCGGUAGCUUGUAAGGUUGCCCUGUUGAGAGUCGUGAUAGGUUACCUUCGUACCUGUACAUGCCGUGUACCAGCGUGUUUUGCUGCCUGGGAGACUAGAAGAGGG